AUGGCUCCCCCAAUACGACCGAUGCCCAACAUGCUUCCUACCAUACAACCGCCGCCCAUCACACCGACGUUUAUCAUGCAACAACCCAUACCACCGCUACCCAGCAGGCCGCCGUCCAUGAUGUCUCCACCAAUAUCAACGCCGCCCAUUAUGCCUCCACCCAUACCACCGCCACCGAUCAUGCCUCCACUCAUAACAUCGCAGCCUAUCAUGUCUCCACCCAUACCACCGCCACCCAUCAUGCCUCAACCCAUACAACCUCCACCAAUACCACCGCAGCCCAUCAUACAUCCACCCAUCAUGCAUCCACCUACACCACCGUCGUCAUCAUGCCUCCACCCAUCAUGCCUCCUACCAUACCACCGCGGCCCAUCAUGCCUCCACCCAUACCACCGCCGCCCAAAUUCCUCCACACAUAAUACGGCCACCCAUGCCCCCACCCAUACCAACGCCCCCUAUCAUGCCUCCACCCAUACCGUUAUCGCCCAUCAUGCCUCCACUCAUCCAUCGCCGCCGAACAUGCCUCUACCCAUACCACCGCCGCCUAACAUACCUCCACCCAUACCAACGCCGCCCACCGUUCCUCCACAAAUAUCACCGACGCACAGCAUGCCUCCACCAAUACCACCGCCGCGCAUCAUUCCUCUACCCACACCACCGCCGCCAAUCAUGCCAACACCCAAAUCACUGCCUCCUAUCAUGCCUCAACCCAUACCACCGACUCCUAUCAUACCUCCAUCCGUACCGCCGUCUCCCAUCAUGCCUCCAUCCAUACCACCGCCGCACAUCAUGCUUCCAUAUAUAACACGUCCUCUUAUCACGCCAUCGCCGAUCAUGCCUCGAUCCAUACCGCAGCCCAUCAUGCCACCGCCAAUCAUGCCUCCUCCCAUACUGCCGCCGCCCAUCAUUCCUCAAUGCAUACCACCGCCGACCAUCAUGCCUCUACCCAUACCUCCGCAGCCCAUCAUGUCUCAACCCAUACCACCGCCGCCCAUCAUGCCUCCAUCCAUAUCACCACCGCCAAUCAGGUCUCUAUCCAUCAUGCCUCCAUCCAUACCAUAG